AUGAUAAUACUUCUGCUAUUUUUACCUUUUGCUGCCAGUCAAUUAAUUACCCAAACAAAUAGCAUCGAAUACAUUCAAUUAACGAUAGAAGAAAGUAUGAUUCCUACCAAUGGCGAUCUUGUUAUCCAAUUAUCAUCAAAAUCAGAAUCAGUCCCACUCCUAAUGCUUGUGAAAAAGGACUAUAAUCCAACUUUUUAUUUCGACAAUGAUAAAGGAGACUAUGUAUGAAACACCACUUAUGUCGACUUUGAAGCGUGGAGCCAAAAUUGGCCUACAAGCUACAUAAUAUUAGCAGGGAGCUCCCUUGCUGUUGGAUAUACUUACCAUAUUGGAGUAGGAUUAUGAUUAUUACAGACAGGCGCUAGCCAUAUUGGUGACGCAGUCACCAAAAACCUCCAGUACCCGAGGUUCUACUGCUUUUCGACUCCAGCCCAGAGGGUCUAUCCCUCUUGCGAGUGCCCUUCCGGUACUAUCUGUCUCUUCCUUGCCUUGAGGCUUCUGUCUUGAGUGGGCGGCUUAUGGAUUUCUGCGGCCCUGCUGUGGGCGAUUGGAGUAGCUUGAUUCCAAGGAUCCUUGGAGUCUAUCGGGUGUCGAAGUGCCUUCCUUCGAUAGCUACAGGAAAAAGACUGUUCGCCAAAACCCCCAGUUUCUCUGUAGAGGAAUGCCCAUGGGUCGUCGGAUCCAAAGGUCAUUGUUGAGCACCUCCAUUUCCAACUACAGGAAAGCAGCCAAAACCUACCCGGAUACGCACCUCUUGAGCCUGCUUUUGAUUCUCGGCUCGGAAUCCGUCCCAGUUCGACGUGGCCAUAAGGUCUGGACUGCUGCGCCAAGAGACAGGUCGACACGUGUCUCCAUUUUAAUGUAUAUACCAUAUUGGGAGUAUACUCAGAAGUAAUUGGUGUAUCGUAUACCCUAUCAACAUUUUCAAAAGAAAUUGAUAAAUGUGUGCCUACUUGCACUCCUGGCAGUGUCUGCAAAGGAGGGAUGUGUGACUGCUCUGGAGGGUAUUAUUCAGGAUAUGAAUGUGGAGUUAUUUUUACAAAAGUCCAAGUAAAUGACACAGGAAAAGAUUUUUAUAUUAAAAAAGACUCUUGGGAGUUUUUUUAUAUUGAUAUUGCAAAUGGAAAUGAUUUCACAGUAGAAAUUACAAAAAAGGCUGGAGACAUGAAGUUUUUCUUUACAUAUUUUACAUAUGACCAGAUCCUCCCAAGCAUGUUUUCAGCUGACACUGAAAUUUGUGUCGGACCUGCUGAUGCAAAAGCAGUUUAUGAUUUUUCAAAUAAUAUUGGGUCUACAUGGACUUUCUCAGUGUUCUGUGGAAAAGAAGCAGACUGUGAAUAUAGCAUAAAAGUAAGCUAUUGCUCGAGCUGGGACCAGUUUUACAUAUGGCUGACUGUAGCAGCAGUUGCUACUUCCUCGUUUAUAUGCUGCCUAAUUCCUAUCAUUAUAGAAACUUUAGUUAAGCUUAGGUCUGUACACAUAGCUCAGCCUGAGAGCCAAAGGGUAGACGAACCUCUGAAUUCUGAAGAAAUAAACAAACUAUUCCCUUCAAAAGCGUGGUCGAGCUUUGAAAGAGGGAAAGAAUCAUGCUCUAUAUGUUUGGAAGAGUUCGAAAUACAUUCUAGUGUCAGAAUGCUGGGUUGUGAGCAUUUUUUCCAUGCAUCAUGCAUUGAUGGGUGAGCCAAAACAAAAUCGAUAUGCCCUUUGUGCAAAAAGAGCUUAAUAAGUAUAGAAAAUAUUCAAAGAGCUAAAGGAAAAUAUUAUUCUGGACAGCUGCCCAAAUCAAAUCUAAGGUUUGUAGAACUUGUAGAAAGUAGUGAAAAUGGGACUGAACAAGAAAAUCAUGCUGCUUUACCUUAA